GUUUUGUCGCGGGAGUUGAUGGGAAAUGUAGUUCCUACUAAAAACAUUGCUCGACGAAGCAAGAGGUGUCGAGUUAAAAACAUUUGUUUUUAACAUUUGUUUAAUGUUCUAGCUAUUCUUAACGUGCCUGUCGUUUGAAAAUUAAAUCGACAACCCUAGUAGGUCACGUUUCAAUAUCCAUCAAUAGUACUUGGAAAAUGUUACCAAAACGUUUAUAUACAUGUGUUUUAGCUAGCUAACCAGAUUUUAUUUUAUCACUAAAAUAGCUAACAAGCUAAUGUUGUUAGCCACGGUCCGUCCCACUUGCAGCACAACGGUAUCCUAUGCUUUCCACUGUUUCAAAAUGACCUCGCCUUAUUUCGUUGAGAGUACCGCGGUCAUCACUCCGAGCGGUAACAAGACGGUGCCCGGUGCCGGUUUAGCCACGACGUUAAAAACUAGGAUGGAGAGGAGAGUGUUGAGGGCGCACGUGAAACAGGAGGAAGAAGAUUCGAGCGUAUCAAAUCAGAGUUUGGGACGAGACGCUUCAGAUGGGACGAGCUGUAGCCUAAAACAACAACUAAGAGAUGACGACAGUCUUCAGAGAAAGAGAGCCUUUGGCCUGGCUAUAUGCACACAGUCUGAAUACGCCCCUAAUUAAUAUUUGACACAGAUAUUGGCUCCUCUAGGUUCCGUCGCUCAUCCAUCGGCCAAUCACAAGCUGAGCCAGACAAAGCCCUGUCCCUGUUACCACUGGCACCCAUCCUGCAUAGGAGGCGGGGCCAGGUGAAGGUGGAAUACGAUGGGAAGGAGGAGCCUAAACACUGGGAGCCUCCUGAUUGGAGCAAGCAGCUGGGUCAUGUGCGUCAGAUGAGGAGCGCCAGGGACGCGCCUGUUGACCUCAUGGGGGCGGAGAAAUGCUACGACACACACGCCCCUCAUGAGGUGCGACGUUACCAGGUGCUGGUGUCUCUGAUGUUGUCAAGCCAGACAAGGGACCAGGUGACCAGUGCGGCUCUGCAGAGACUCAGGGCUCAUGGCUGUACAGUGGAAAACAUAGUCAACACUGACGAUGACACACUGGGACAACUCAUCUACCCUGUCGGCUUUUGGAGGACCAAGGUGAAGUACCUGAAGCAGACAUCAGUGAUGCUCCAGAGGGAGUUCAGAGGGGACAUCCCUAACACAGUGGAGGGCCUGGUACGACUACCUGGAGUAGGACCCAAGAUGGCUCACCUGGCCAUGGACAUCGCCUGGCACCAGGUCUCUGGCAUAGGCGUGGACACACACGUCCACCGUAUCUCCAACCGGCUGGGAUGGACGAGAGGUGGGACCAAGAACCCAGAGGAGACACGCAAGGCCCUGGAAGACUGGUUACCAAGGGAUCUAUGGAGUGAGAUCAACUGGUUGCUGGUGGGGUUUGGUCAACAGGUGUGUCUACCUGUCAAUCCUCUCUGCUCCGUGUGUCUGAACCAGCACAGCUGCCCCUCUGCCCACCAAGCCUCCCCAGCCAAGAGGUCUAAAGCUGGGUCACCUCGCUCCCCCAAGACCUCCAAGGUCAAGCUGGAGCCUGGUUCUCUUGGUUUGGAGUUACCACCCCCCUCCUCAGCCACACCGGUCAAAGAGGAACCUCUGGCUACCACCCUCUCCCCUCUGCUGCCCAGAAAGAGGAAGUCGAAAGCCAAAACCUUCUCUACAUGAUACGACAGAAGAGGGUAGCAUCCCUUUAGAAAUGUCAGGACCGUAUCCCAAUUCUCUCUCCUUCCUCCCAAAGUGUGCUCGUCACUUCCCCUGACUAAUUUGAAAUGAGCGGUACUAGAAAUAGGGUAUUAACUUUAGCGGGGACACCAUUUUUGGACCAAAUUUCUGUGGACCCCAUUUCUCACAACACCCCGAAACUAAACCUUAAAAUCUUUACAUUUAGAUUUUUUACUUCUAAUAAAUACAUUCUCAAUAAAAUAAUUUUUCAAAUGAUCUCAGA